CUGCAAAUCCCAAUAUUCUAUUAAUAGCAAAAUUUCUUCUCGCCAAUCUUUGCCUUUCUCGUCUCUCUCACUCUCUCUCUGACAUUUUUCCCAACGUCCAACUUCAUGGUAAACUGUAAACAGUAACCUACCUCCCCUUCUAAGCAGAUUAAAUCAUACCCAAAUAUAUAUAUAUAUAGACACUAUAUUGAGUGUAUUUGGCAUAUAAUAUCUGUCAAGAGUGCACUUUUUAUAGUUGCUUCUCUUCAUUUGCUGAUCCCAUUUAGAAAGAAAUAAGAUCUAAGGCUUAAUAAGGGUCCCAAAUUGGCAAAAGUAGUUCCAAAAAUCAUCAGCUUAACGGCUCGCAAGAUCACAGUCUAGUUCAGUUAGAAGAGAAGUAGUCAGCAGAUCGUCUUUUGGAUGAAGGCUUUGAACAGUAACGAUCAGAUUGAUGCUGAAAGUUUGAAGUUGGAAGAAAAUAGAGGGAGACCAGUGAAAAGCACAAACGUGAACAUAAUACACAACCAAGCCUUGUUGUCUGGCCUUGCGUAUUGUAUUUCUUCCUGUAGCAUGAUACUGGUUAACAAGUUUGUUCUCUCAAGUUAUGACUUUAAUGCCGGAAUAUCUUUAAUGCUGUACCAGAAUUUUGUUGCAGUAAUUGUUGUUUCCACUUUGAGUUUCCUUGGCAUAAUUACAACGGAACCACUCACAUGGAGAUUAAUAAAGGUCUGGUUGCCUGUUAAUGUAAUAUUUGUUGGGAUGCUGAUCACUAGUAUGUUCAGUCUGAAGUACAUUAAUAUUGCAAUGGUUACAGUUCUGAAGAAUGUAACCAAUGUGAUGACUGCUGUCGGUGAAAUGUAUCUUUUCAACAAGCGCCAUGACAAUAGAGUUUGGGCAGCACUUUUCCUAAUGAUAAUUUCAGCAAUAUCUGGAGGAUUUACAGAUCUCUCUUUUCAUGCCAUUGGAUAUGCAUGGCAGUUUAUUAAUUGUUUGUUGACAGCAUCAUAUUCUUUGACUUUGCGCAGGGUUAUGGAUACUGCUAAGCAAGUCACCAUCUCUGGAGACCUGAAUGAGUUUUCAAUGGUCCUCCUAAACAAUGCACUUUCACUGCCUCUUGGGAUUUUGCUCGUUUUUGUAUUCAAUGAGGUUGAUUAUCUUUCAAGAACACCACUUUUGAGAUCGCCAACCUUCUGGCUGAUAUUGACGCUUAGUGGAUUCUUGGGUUUAGCAAUCAGUUUUUCUUCCAUGUGGUUUCUUCAUCAAACCGGGGCUACAACUUACAGCCUCGUGGGAUCGUUAAACAAGAUACCUCUUUCUGUUGCUGGUAUCCUUCUCUUUAAAGUCCCGACUAGCAUGGAAAAUUCUGCUAGUAUCUUUUUUGGCUUGUUGGCAGGAGUGUUAUUCGCAAGAGCAAAAAUGCAUGAAAGAUCUUCAUCUUGAUGGACUUACUGUAACUUGCUCUGUAAAUCAGUAGCUUUUUUGCCAUUUUAUUUGUGUAUAUUUCUCCUCUUUUAUUCGAGAAAACAUACUUUCUAAUUUUUGGGUUCAUUUUUGUAAGUGGGCAGAUGGUGAAUUUUUUUCCUCUAUACCCACGAAGUUUAUGUUCAUGUUUGAUGCACAAUAGUGUAAUACGAUUAGAUAAUACAAUAAAUAAGAUCUUAGUUUAAUUUUA